GCUGGAUACGGGCACACUGAAAUGGUUCGCAUUAAAAAUAGAUAUAUAGCGGUGCAGAUUGUGCCCUAUACACCCACCGAAACACUGCGACUCAACGAUCACAGCCUGGCCAAAAUUCUGCUGCAGAAUGUACAAAAAUACCACGGAGUCUACGGCCUCGGAAUGAUCGAGCAGGGAUUCCGGGUGAAGUACAUCAACGAUCGGACCAAAAUUGCCAUUAUACGCUGCCUGCAUCGCGGCCAACGAUUUGUCUCCAGCAUAUUGCCCCUGAUCACAUUGAUUGGAGAUGUUCGGGCCAAGUUUAGGACCCUCUAUAUUGGUGCCACCAUCAUCCAGUGCAACAAGUUCAUUGUCAGCCACCAGAAACAGUUCCUGGACCGAGCCAUGGGUCAGAUGACAUCCGCCAAGGAGCGACAAGAUCUCUUCAAGCGCGUUAUGGAGUUCGAUAUGGACAGAUAGCAUUCGGAGUUGUGUAGCGUUUAAUUAAGUAAUUAUAGUGAUUAGUUUUCUUGCAGAAAACAGUUGGGUCAAUUCGACUAAAA